GCCACACCAGACCUCGGGCGCGCCAUGCCUAUAGCACACCCAUGCGGCCUCGUCGUCGUGCGGACAGUGCAAGUCAGAAAGGAGCUUCUGAGUGGAGGAGAAUGCGUGGUGGGCCUGUGCGUGUCUCCGCUGACACUGAUACCAGCGCUGGUGUAGGCAGCCGUCGCUUCACGAAAAUACCACCACCACGACCAGCAGCAUUGAUCAGCCGUGCUCGUGGCCAGCAAAGACAAGAUGAAAAAGGCAUCCAAGGUGGUCAAUAAGGAUCCAAUCUUGGAGAUCCCCAUGGCUGAGCCGGGCUCGCAGCCAAAGUGCGGGUGCAAGCCUGUGGGCAAGAAGAACCGGUAUGAUUGUCAGACUCACAAACAAAAGGUUCCGGUGCCUCUACUGCAAGGCUUUGUCCCCGUCGGCGCUGAUGACGACGGAAGCGGAUCCCAAGUGAAAACACUGACUCUUGGGGCGAUCGACCUCGCUCGUCCGGAGAGCAACCAGAUGAACAAUCAGAUUUUCCUCUUCAAGCAGUCCCGCAGCACUCCCGUAUGGCAGACGGAUCGGCUUGGUGGUGAAAAGCCAACCAAGGUCGGGCACACUUGCACAUUUGAGGUGCUGCUGUAUCGCGGCAUCGCCAGGAGCCAAGCUGGCCAGCAGCCAAAAGCGCUUGAGAGCGAGUUGUUUGUCUACACGGGCAACUGCCAGCCGGUGAUCAUGUCGGACAAGUUCAUGCGCUUUGAGGACCUUCGCGAUCGGCUCUCGUACCAAUCAGCAGCCAACCAGUAUUCAGCCGACUUUGAUCUUGUCCAGAACGCGCAGCAAAACGGAAAGCUGCCCUUUGAGCUCUGGGACCCUGACGGCAACCCUAUCACGGGUCUCAAGGUGUAUAAGCACUUCUUCGACCAAGCCAAGCUAUGCGAUCAAGCUUCAAAGGGUUUUGUCAGUGAUAUCAACAAGCAAUUCCUAGCUUACUGCUCACUUGCCGCGGCCGCAAGCAGGGCGCCUCCCAAGCCCUUUUCGGUCAUGGCGCGCUUCUGGGACCUCAACUUCAGGCUCGAGGUAGGCAUCACUCUUUCAGAAAACACCGCCAUCGCAGAGGUCAUCGGCGGCGGCAAGGGCGGCGGUGGCGCCAAAAAAGGCGGCGGCAAGAGCAGCAGAAAGGAGUUCUUGACGGCCAGGGCGGCACAGGCCUUGAAAGAUCUCAAAGUGGCCGAUCCGUCGCAGCUCGAGAUUGUGCCGCGCAGGGAAAACGAGCAUACCGAGCUCCUCGGCGCACACCCGUCCAUGUUCUACCAGCUCUACGUGAGCAAGGCUGCUUUCAAGGAGCUACAGCGCGAGGGUCUGUACAAGCCCGAGCGAACAUUCAAGCCGAACGCUGUUCAAGUCUGCAAGAACGCCCAGGAGACGCUGGUCCAGGGCAAGUCCAAGGACGACAUGUAUCCGGUGGUCACGUUCAAGGAGGCGGAAGUGGUCGAUUCGACGAUAACGCUCAGCAAGCUGCACAGUGCCAAGUCUGGCAGCCGCAAGACGGUAGAUUCGCAGAAUGCAGUCAUGAAUGGCAUUGGGGCACCCGAGAUUGCCACACUGCUCUGGAAAGAACAAGAUAAAGGUCAGCGGAGCGGGAAGCUGAUUGCAGAGUGGCUCCACCGCUCUGCCUUCUCGUACGGCGGACUCAAGGGAACGCUGGCCUCCUCGCAGGUGCAGGAGAACCUCAUCUUUGGAAGCUCGGAGACCAACACAAUGAUGAUCAGAUACGAGGAGUGGAUCAAGGAGCUCGUCAGGACGGGGAACAACAUGCGUCUGACUACCACCCUGCGGCGCUUUCCCAAGGUAGACAAGAAAGGCAAGUCGGGCUGGCUGUGCGAAAGGAUGGAGUACGCGUGCACGCUUCGGACGACAAAAGCCGUGCUCCGCUCCGGGCUGACGGCCGCCGCCAAUCCGGCCGUGCUGCAGAUUUUUCGCCCUUUUGGCCGAUGCUUCCCCAGCCGGGCCGAGAUCAAGAUCGACAAGUAUGUCAAUUCGCUCUUGCUGCCGCCCAAGGACGACGAUUAGCCCCCCGUCCAUGUCCUUCGGAUGGUAGCAGCAGCAUUACAAUGACUAUUAUGUUAAUCGCCGUG